AUGUCGUCCACGAUCCAUGACCCCAGGUUGCUCUACAGCAUCCAUAACAUUCGUGCCUUUCACAUCCAGAAUGGCGAAGAAUCAGAUCUCACUCCGUCGGGACCCCAAACCCUGUCGCUGAUGAUGGUCCCCACCAGCACUUCUACACCUAACUCUGGCGGCGCAGAUGGACCCAUAGAGGAGGACUUCUAUCUUCAUUUGCAUCUGCCGCCUGAAUUGGAUCUUGCACUUCCUGCGACAACCCAGAUUUACCAUCAACCUCCCAAUAGCUAUCUGAUACCCCGCUGGGAUCUGGGACCUGAUGCGGGCGCUUUCAUUCGCAUUCAAUUCCCUGAGAUCGGCACCGGCCCCGAUAAGGUGGCGCAGGAGGAUGUUGACACUUUCGAGACGAUCUUGGCCCAAUGCACUUCAUUCCUCGAGCGCGCCGCUCCGCCAAAGGGCCAUACGCCGUAUAACCCUGCCACCUACGCUCCUGGAGAAGGUUAUAUCUCCUCCGGUGCUGCAACCUCGAGUGACACCCAAGGAAAGAUCGUUUUGGUGGAUGAGGAGAAUGGCAGCGUCGUGGGGGAAAUGGAGGGAUAUGACGUGGUCGAGAAACCCGGUGUGAAGCCUGGUUCGAAGAGACCUGUGGAGAUCCAGCUCCCUGCUGAAGGUGAAGGAAACCAGAUCAGCGUGGGCAAUGUAUCAGAGGAAUACCUGCAGAUGGCCCGGCACCCGGCGUAUAAGAAUUCGACUAUCGUCCAAACCUCUGCCAUGGCAUCCCGCUUUAUCGUAACCGGUUCAUCCUACCUCGCCAAUGUCCUGACCAGCGGGGCCGAGAGCUUCACCAAGAAGACCAAACCUAAUCCAAAGCCGAUGACAUUCUCCGAGACGACGCAUACGCGAAUUCGAAAGGUCGGCGACUUUUCUCAUGGUGCGGCAGGCCUUUCUGCCAGAACGGUCGGCCAGGUUGGCAAGUAUGCACAGAACUUUGGUGCUACCCUAGCCCGGCGCAAGGAUGAGGGCAAACAGAAGGGUGUCGACAGGCCAAGCGACUACAAACCGGGAAUUAUGAACAAGUCUCUGAUCGCGUUCUCCACUCUGGCGGAUGGUAUCGAGCAGAGUGCGCGUAAUAUGUUGACUUCCGGGUCUGUUGCGGCUAGCACAAUGAUCGGACAUCGCUAUGGAGCGGAAGCAGGUGCCGUAGCGACCGAUCUGACUGGUGGUAUCAAGAACGUGGGCUUGGUGUACAUUGAUGCUUCUGGCGUCAGUCGCAAGGCCGUCCUCAAGUCCGUGGCGAAGGGCAUGGUUGUUGGACGCAUGCGCGAUGGUAAGCAGGUCAUCGUCGGCACGGGGGAUGAUGUACCUUCGCGACCGGGCGGCCCUAGUCAAUCGACACUGGGUGCUCGAGAUCCCGUCGCGAGACGUCCCUCACCCAGCCCUACACCACCUCCUGCAUACGGUGCUCCUGGUACCAUUUCCCUUGGGGGGAGUGGCAUGCCCGGAGGGAAGUGCUGA